AUGAUUUUUCCACCCGAAGAGUAUGAAAGAGUCAGAAUUUUAAGGCCCCCGGCGCUGCGGCGACCAUUGCUGCCUCCUGGAGUCAUGAAUGCCAUCCAAUCUGUCGGUGGUUCCGACCCAGUUUUCUUGACCGAGAAGAGGCUUGAACCCUCCGAUGUUAACAUGAAGCUAAACUGGCUUUUUGUUCCAAAAGCUCAAGCCUUAUUGGCUUUCAUGUCUCGGGGAGAGAGAGAAACUGUAGAGAAUGGGAUGAAUGGAGGAAUACUUCGUGUUACUAAGAUUCGCCCUUGGGGUCAACAUUAUGUAACCAAGUUCAAGAAGUGGCCAAGCUUAAAGCAACUGGUUAUCAUAAAACAAUGGACAAAACUAGUCAAAGAGAACUGGCUGAUGGAAGAUGAGCUUUUCCAACUAUGGGGUUUUCGAGUUAAUUACAGUCUGUAUUUCGCUGUGAACGUCGAGAGAGGUGUCACGAGGAUGGCGCAGGAGUAG